CAACAGUGGAUUUGGCUCCAGACUCGUCACUACAUCACCUAUCACCAGUGGAACUCCAGGCCUGAGUUCAUCGUCUGCACGCACACCGUCGUCAGCUACGCGGAGGUGAGGGCAGAGCAGCGUAGAGAGCUGGGUAUCAUUGAAGAGCCGCCUCCUGAGGUAACUGUGGACAAGAGUCAAGACAGUGGAUCUGAGUGUCAGCUCAACACAGUUUCCAGCCUGAAAGAGGCCCUGGAACGCUUUGACCGUAGCCACACCCCCUCCUCCACCUCUCUGUCCUCUCACAAGACCUCCUCACAGCUCUCAGACAACACCUGUACCUCAACAGCCUCCAAGCUCCACAAGGACAUGGCCACGCCCCCUCGUCAGUCACAUGCUGCCUCCACCAUCGAGAUGACAUCACAGAGACGCUCCUCCAUCAGCAGCCAGUCUAUGAGUUCUCAGACCACGGGACACAGUGUGGCUCCCGUCCAUCCUGUGAUACAACAACACCAACAACAAGAGCCGGUGCUAGAGUUCUCAGCCCAGGUGAAUGCUAUGCAGCACCUGAAGGACCAGCUGGAGCAGAGAACCAGGCUGAUUCAGGCCAACAUCCAGAGACAGCAGGAUGAACUGCGAGCCAUACAGGACCAACUACACAGAGUACAGCCCCCAGCCAUACAGGACCAACUACACAGAGUACAGCCCCCAGCCAUACAGGACCAACUACACAGAGUACAGCCCCCAGCCAUACAGACCCCAUACAGGACCAACUACACAGAGUACAGCCCCCAGCCAUACAGGACCAACUACACAGAGUACAGCCCCCAGCCAUACAGGACCAACUACACAGAGUACAGCCCCCAGCCAUACAGGACCAACUACACAGAGUACAGCCCCCGGCCAUACAGGACCAACUACACAGAGUACAGCCCCCAGCCAUACAGGACCAACUACACAGAGUACAGCCCCCAGCCAUACAGGACCAACUACACAGAGUACAGCCCCCAGCUAUACAGGACCAACUACACAGAGUACAGCCCCCGGCCAUACAGGACCAACUACACAGAGUACAGCCCCCAGCCAUACAGACCCCAUACAGGACCAACUACACAGAGUACAGCCCCCAGCCAUACAGGACCAACUACACAGAGUACAGCCCCCGGCCAUACAGGACCAACUACACAGAGUACAGCCCCCAGCCAUACAGGACCAGCUACACAGAGUACAGACCCCAGCCAUACAGGACCAGCUACACAGAGUACAGCCCCCGGCCAUACAGGACCAACUACACAGAGUACAGCCCCCACCCAUACAGGUAGGAGGUAUAUAGACCCCAUACAGGACCAACUACACAGAGUACAGCCCCCAGCCAUACAGGACCAACUACACAGAGUACAGCCCCCAGCCAUACAGAUGUUCGUGCAGCAGCCUGGCGGAGCUUUGAAUGUCCAGCUGCCUCAGGUGGGGGUGGUGCCACAGGGAGCAGUUCUGACCAAUCAGGCGCAGCAGACUGUCCUAAACCCCGCCCACACAGGAAGUCAGCUCACCAUUCAGCAGCAGCAGUCACCUCCUCCUCAACAGAACCUUCAGCGACAGCAAAACAACUCUCUCGCUCAGGUCCAGCAGCAGUGUCAACCACAGCAACAGCAGCAACCUGUCUAUAACAUGAUCAUGUCUCAGCCUGGCCAGCCCAACCUACUACAGAUCAGUACCAGUCUACCACAGAACAACACACAACAGGCUGUAGCCACCUUCACACAAGACAACACUCAGAUACAGUUUCCGGCGGGCCAGCAGCUGGUGACUAAGUUAGUGACAGCUCCCAUGGCCUGUGGAGCUGUCAUGGUCCCGACCUCUGUGUUCAUGGGACAACCGGUCAUCGCUUACAACCCCUUCGGAGGGCAGCAGGGCGGUCAGACUCUGACCCUCCAGGCAGCCCAGCCCCAACAGAACCAGCCUGACAGCCAGACACAGACGGCUGUAGUGGCACAGAGUAACCAACAGGGGGCGCAGCAGCAGUUCGUACAGGGCACCCGUCUUCUCCACGGCAACCAGCAGCUGAUCCUGCAGGCAGCAUUCCCCAUGCAACAACAGCAACAGGCCUUCACCCAGGUAACACAACAACAACAGCCUCACAACCAGAGGCAUCAGCUGCAGCUGAAACCACAGCCGCAGAAACAACCCAAAGGCCCGCCUUCGCACCGGACUGACAGCUCCAGCAGCCAAGCACAGUAGGCCAGGCGUCCAAUCAGACUCUAUGACCUGAAGGCUGAACCAAUCAGAGGUGUGGAGGGGUGUCCUGGAUUGUGUUGUGUGUUUUUCUAAUGGAACUACAGUGUUGGAGUCACCCAACCCCCCCUCCUAUCACCCCUACCAAUAUAGCUGCUGUGUUGACCCCCUCUAUCUUCCGCCAUAACAAACUGAAUUAUGGGUAACGGUGAGGGUGGCCAGCCCUUCGUCCUAGAAAGCUACUAACUGUGCAGGGUUUGGCUCCGGCUCUGCUCUAACACACCUAUUCAGUUGCUCAACAGGACCUUGAUGUUCACCUAGACUGAAUCAGGUGUGUUGGUUAGCGCAGGGCCGGAACUAAAGCCUGCAGUCAGGAGAUCUUCAGGAGGUUUGGCCCCACCUGGAUUUCACCUUCCCAGAGGAACUCCUCAUCACCGCGGUGACAAUAGUACGGACCGGAACCUCGGUGUCCGUGGAAACCCGGUAGAACUCUCUGCGUUGCCACGGUAACGAGAGACUCCAAAAGGACCGUUGUGGUGAUGGACUGACUCUGUGGGUCUGUACAGUACAGACGUGUGUCACAUUAAAAUAAAACAUGUAAAUAUCCAUUAUA